GUCUCUGUGGUGUACAGUCUUCAGGUGAUGAUGGGGGUAUUGAGUCAUCUCUCUACUCUCCUCCUCCUCCUCUCUCUCCUUCCUCCUGCUCUCUCUCAUGUAGUAGAGAGGUUCAGUGAUGUUACAGACUGUGAGACGUUCUUCCUGGAGGGGACAACUCCAAAUCUCCCAGGUAUUUUGGUUGGUGGGACAGUCCAGAACCAGAACCGCUACAAGCCGAUUUGCCAGAAGUACAAGAAAACCUACAGGUUUGCAACUCUCUACGACACGACCAACAGGAUCCCUGUGUUCUCAGCCUACACCUUCACUGGGGUCGGACCGAGAGGGACAAGACCAGAUACAUGGAUGAUUGAACCUCAGCUGGACGGAGGAAUUGAACCAGUUAUGGGUCUGGAGAAACAAGGGGUCAUUUAUACACACCAGGCUGUCAAUCAGGAUUAUGAUGAAUACGGUAAAGACAAGAAGGUGAACAAAGGUCACUUGUUUCCUAAAUCUUUUGCUCACCAACCUGUAAAUCAGGACUCCACCUUUACCCUGACAAAUGCUGUUCCUCAAGUAAAGACAUUUAAUGAAGGUAGCUGGGGAAAGAUGGAGUGUACGGUUAGAAAGAUACUCCGGAAGCAAUGCCUUGAUAAUAAUGGUCAACCCAAGGCCUAUGUGUUGACUGGAGCAGUUCCCAGUGUCAACAACAAACUGAACAACCGAGUGAACAUCCCAGAUCUCCUGUGGACAGCCUACUGCUGUUACAACAGCAAGAAGAAAGAGUGGAUGGCCAAAGCACACUGGGGUGAGAACCAAGAGGAAACAAACAAACAAGUAUUGAACCCCCAUACCUUGUCAGAGCUGUAUAACAUGUUGAAGCAGCACUACCCAGGUGGUGAUGUCCAGGUGUUCCCAGAUCAGUGUCCAAGGGGUUCUUCUCAGAAAGAGAGAGAGAAGAGCAGAGAGAGGGAGAUAGGAAGUGGGGAUAUUAGCGGGAAAGGGUUGAUGACAUGUGAUGAGGAUUGUAAAUGUGUCUCUUUGUAGGUGACACAGUCCCAGAGUUUGGUCCAGUGGUAACACAGACAACUCUAAAACA